CCUGGCGACCGCAUCCAUAUAAUACAGAAUAAUAACAAAACUUUCACUGUUUUUGUUUUUUUCACUUUUCAAUGUUGAUAAUUGAAAGUGAAAUUGUGUUUUUAGGUCAUGCCACCCUCACUUAAUGUAUGUUUGGCCCACAUGAUCUAAAGAUUGUUUAAAUAGCAUCACUUUCUCUUAAACUUCUCUAUUGUAAUUGCAAUCAUCUAUUGUUUUGAUUAAAUCGAUUAUUUUCCUCAUUUGUUUUGAUUAUUGUAGUGGAAGAAAAAGAAAAAAAAAGAAUGCGCGCACGCGUUCUGUUCUUCGACAUCUUUGUAGUGUUAGUGGGCUUUGCAGAACAACAAACAAGUGUAUCAAAUAAUGUGCAGUGUGGGAAACCUUUAGGCAGGAAACCAAAAAUUGUAGGAGGAGAGAACGCCGAAAAGGGAGAGUUUCCAUUUCUAGUGUCAUUGAGGGGCCCUGAAGAACCUCGAGCUUCAAAUGUUCUUCACAAGUGUGGAGCAGUUCUUCUUAGCGAAAGGUGGCUUCUAACUGCCGCUCACUGUGUUUUUGAAUACCGGAGGAAAAAAUAUCUUCCACGUUUAAGAGUUCGUUUAGGAGAAUAUGAUGUCUCAUCUAGUACUACCACAGAUCGUCAAGAUUUAGGAGUAGAGGAACUUAUUGCCCAUCCUCAAUAUCAAGAACCAUAUCGCCAGAGCAAUGACAUAGCACUCCUACGACUCAACAAGCCAGCCAUCUUGAGUGAAAACGUUUGGCCAGCAUGUUUACCAGACGCCGGAAUGCAAAUACUGGGGCUAAAUGCUACAGUUGCAGGAUGGGGCCAAGCCUCGUUCUCAGGACCUGCCGGUGAGAAGACCAUUUUGCAGAAAAUAGUAGUGCCAGUCAUGUCCAAUGGAGCUUGUUUGCAAAUGUAUUUUGAGGCAGGACAUACCUAUCCUUUAGAAGACAACCAGAUGUGUGCAGGCUAUAGGGAGGGUGGCAAAGACUCCUGCCAGGGAGAUUCUGGAGGACCUUUAUUUGUCAAACACAAUAAUUUGAUCACAGUCAUUGGACUCGUAUCUGCUGGAAUCUAUUGUGGAAGUCCACUCCUACCUGGAAUCUACACAAGAGUCAUUUCACAUCUUGAUUGGAUAAGGCAGAAUAUUAAAGACUGAUUCACACCUACACAAUUUCCCAUCCUGCUUGGAUGAGACAAAAUAUCAAAGAUUGAAAUACUUACACACAUUUCUUUUUUAAUUUAUUUAUUUAAAUGUUGGAAGAAACUUGGUUAUUGAUUGAAAAGCUUAGUGAAAGAAGAUUAUAAGAAACUUUAAAAAAAAAUAGAAAUAUCUGGCAUAGAAAUUAUAGUAACAACCUCACGGUGCUUCCGAAAAAUAAAAUUCUUUGAAAACUACUUUAUUUAAUGACUUAGCGUGGGGGGAAAAAAAAGAGUUCUAUGCAUUCAGCUAACCAUAAGAUGUUUUAAAACCCACAAUUCCGCACUUUUCCUGAAUAUCGCCUAAUACUUUCUUUCACUUAGAUCUUCACUUGUAAAGACAUCAAGAUAGUAUUAAAAACGAUGCUAUCUACCGUAAAAAUAUCGUUCAUCAUAAAGUAUCAAGAUCGGAUAUGGGUUUAUUAUACCUACCUUUCUGCUAUCAUUUGUAAGUUCUCAUGCUUUGCAGAAAAACCCAUGUUAUCUACCUUUGUGCUAUCAUUUGUUAGAUAUCAAUAAAGCAGGCCUGUGUUAUCAACCUUCAUGUUAGAACUAGCAAUGUAUCAAGAUGGAAGGCAGGCCUGUGCUAUCUAUCAACCUUCAUAUUAGAGCUCACAAGGUAUCAAGAAGGAAAGCGGGCCCAUGUUAACUACUUUCAUGUUAGAGCUCACUCUCACAGGGUACCAAGAUGGAAAAUCAGCCUAUGCUUGCUACUUUCAUAUUAGAACUCAUAAGGUAUCAAGAUGAAAAACGGGCCUAUAUUAGCUACUUUCAUGUUGUAGCUCAUAAGAUAACAGCCACGCUGGGCGAAUAAAUAUCAUUGUGUUUAUUUAUAAAAAUCAUUAUGAAGAAUGAUAAUCACUAAUCAUUAUCUAUUUAAAGUACUCUAUUGAAUGUUGCUAUAUAUUGAUUGUUCAUUAUUUUCUUAUGAAUUAGGAAUUUAAAAAGCUGCAUGCAAUUAUAAGCUGCGUGCAAAUAAAUCUUUCACUUAAAUACUAUACUGAGAGUAAACAAAACAAAGCAAAAAUUGAUUUUGAUUUUUUUUUAAAUAAAUAUAGAAAAUAAAAAAAAAUU